AUGCGCCGUGAGAAAAGGCGAGAACUUCUCUACAGGAGAGCAGAAUGCAAUAUCUUCUCUACCCAGACGAAAAUAUGUCAAUCGCCUCUUAAACAGUCCAACGUGGCAUCACCAAGGACAGUCAAAUGCUUCUCUUCAAGCAGCGAUGUACAGGAACCUCUAAGGUCUCAUGAUGGAGUGUUUAAGGCAGACAGGGACUCUGUGCACAAAGUUCUUCGUGAAAUUGGCUUCCGAUAUAGUAAUGUGAAUGGGAGAAAAUUUCUGCUUGAGAAAAAUGAUGUAGCAUCGGCCAGAACUAAGUUUUUAAGAGAAAUGAAGGCAUUGAAGAGAAGUGGUUAUGAUUCCUUCGUAUACCUAGAUGAGACUUGGAUCAACCAAAACCACACAGUAAGGAAAUGUUGGAUUGACCCCAAUUCGGAGAAACCCACUGGGAUUAAGCCCCCUACUGGGAAAGGCAGUCGAUUGAUCGUCCUUCAUGCUGGAACCAAAAACGGGUUUGUUCCGAAUUGCAAACUUGUUUUCCAAGCUAAAAACGAUGGCGAUUACCACAUACAAAUGAAUCAUACAGUAUUCAAGGAGUGGUUCAUUUCGCAGUUAAUUCCAAAAUUACCGGCAUCCUCGAUCAUAUUAAUGGACAAUGCCUCCUAUCACUUUUUUCAAAUUGACAAGCCGCCUACUGCAUCCGAUAGAAAGGUACUUAUCAAAGACUGGCUUAUUGCGAAAGGAGAAACCCCCGGAGACGAUCUCUUGAAGAAUGAUCUGCUUGCAAUGGUAAAGCAACAUACAUCAAGAUGGCCACGCAAGUACGAAAUUGACAAUAUAGCGAGUGAACAUGGUCACAAAGUGGUGCUCUCAUCUCCACCACCAAUCCUUGUUCAUUGCCCGAAAGAGGUCAUUGGACGCCAGCAAACAAUUGUGGAAAUGGGGUGCAAUGGAGGUUAUAGUGGGCUAAGAGGUUUAUGA